AUGUGUAUUACAAGCCAUUAUGAUGCAAAGGCUCUUCCAUCCGCUGGAUUAAUGCCUCUUUUUCAGAGUUACUUGUGCUCCUUCACAAAUCCUUGCUAUAAAAGUCCAAGAACAGGUGACGAUACCGCCCAAAUUAAUAGUGAAACACGCAAACAGUCACUCAUUGUUGCGACUGCUAGAGCUAUAGCAGAAAUGUUUGUUGCGAUAGGUUCAGAACCGCUCAAAUGGUUUAACCUGUCGGAUUCGAUCAUCUCAUUUAUUAAUAUAUUCGCUCAUUUCACUCCAUAUGCCUUUGAUCAACCCAUUCCUCUUAUUGCAUUUUUCAAUUCCACUGAUGACGCUAUCAAAUUUUUCAAAUCAACUUUAAAUAGCAGCGAUGAAUUAUCUGUUAGCUUGAGUAAUGUCCGAAUUACACCACUUUAUGCUUUAGAAAUCAUCAAAGAGAUCAAUUUGUUAUGUAAUUUGGUAAGUCGCGCAAUAAGUUCAGUCUACCCGGAAGAUAUAGUUAACUCAAAUUUGUUAUAUGAACAGCUUGGAAGUAAAAUAUCGCAAUUUUUUAUGCAACAUAAUGCUAACGAAACAAAUACAAUGGCAUUAAAAGCUUUAUAUAAUUGGCUUAAAUUUGCAUCAAUAAACAAUAUGAGCAUCGAAUACGAAGAAAUGCUGAAAAUGUUUAACACACUGCACAUUUUUGGAAAUGAUCAAGUGAUCAGAAAGUUCACUUCAGCCUUAUCAAUGGUUGAUUUCAGUAAUCACACUUCAAUAAUAAAUGCGAUACAUUGUGGAAAUAACCCUUAUGAUCAAAAUUCGCAUGAAGAAAAAUCCAUUCCUGGCGCAACAGCAACAGUUGCAAACAACACUGACAAAGAUGAAAUAUAUAAUUUCUUACGUCGCGUAACACCUCGAUAUGCUGAACGCCAUGAUAAAAAGAAACAGUUUUGUGGUGUCAUUCCGAUUAAUUCAGAUAAGAACUGUUCAUUCCUGGAAGGUGCAGCUUUGUCACAACUAAUGCCGUUGAUCAAUGCUUACAUUUUAUUGGCUCCCUUUUCUCCUGUUAUUAACGCAUUUGCCGAAAAGAUGCAAGAAACCAUACAAAUUGAUGAUUAUUCACUGUCACAAGCUACAUUGGAUGAUAUGUUUGUUUCAUUGGCCAGUGUUUUGUCCGAUAAACCGAUGGUUGAAUAA